GUACGGUAUGACUGUGUACAUGAUGUGCAACACCUCACGUGUACGGAUGUUCAUGAGGCGAAGCGUUUGCGGGAUUCGAUUCGCUGUUUAGUCCCGGUUGUUCCGAGAACCCCGCCAAUUCACCGCGCACAACGCCAGGGUCAAAAAGCACAACAAAGCCAUGGGCAACACCCACAGCGUCAACAAUGGCGACGGCGUUGCCACAGUCCUGUCGUCGCCUCAGUCUCUUACUCAUCUUGGCAGUCGCUACUGCUUUCCGUUUGCGUCGUCUCCACCCAGCAGCGUGAAGAGCAAUCAUGGAGACGACAACAACCCUUCCGAAAAUAACGGCGGUGCAGUCGCCCAUGAUCACGAGGACGACAAGGAUGACGAAUCAUUCUUUUCAUGCAAAAAGGACGAACGUUCUGCUAGUAGAUCUCCCGUAGUUUUCUUUUCUCCUGCGUCUCCAAUCCCAUCACCUCGGCGUCUCGGCUUUCGCAACAGCAGCAACCGUCAAACCGAUGACACCUCUGAGUCCCACAUGAGUCGGCAUCACGGCACGGAGGAUGAUCCAGACGAGGAGAUGCGCACAGAAGAGGAAGGAACAAUCGAACAUAAAAGUGGAGAAGAAGAAGGACGAGAUGGCCUUGUUCCACGCGUAUUGCCCCAUCAGUCGUCUCCUCCUCGCGGUGGCCAGCAUCCAUCGGGCAAUCGUGCGACCUGGGGACCUUCAACGCCAACGGGUCCAUUUCCUUUCUUGGCUUCUCCACCGGUAUCAUCACGGCAUGACCAUGAUGCAAUCUACGGGGAGGACAACGAAGAAGAAGUCGUUGAAAACAGAAACUCGUCAGAACUCGCGGUUGAAAACGAGAGUGAGGCGGCUUUUUGUCGUGCUGCAACGCAAGCGGAGAACAAUGCAGUAGAAUCUCCCAUGAGCCCACCAUCCGUACAAAAGCGCAGCACAGUGGAUGCCUCCUCAGACAAGGAUUCGCUUCCUUCGGAAAUUUAUGUGACCGAGACAUCGCCGGAUGAUCAGAACUCCACUGACCUCGGUUCUCCCCAAUCGAUCCAAACGGAAGGCUCCGAUGAUGACUCUGGCGCUACCGUAGAACGAGCAUCUUCUGUCCAAGGGACGAACUGGGAUCAGGCGAGUGUUGGCAGCGAGAACAGUACAUUUGCAGAUAGCUACGACGAAAAGGAUCCACGAAACCUCCAUUCGAAAGACAAGAGUCCCGCGUUUGGAACAACACGAGCAUUAGUCGCGGUCAAGGCAGCAAUGAAGAAGGAAAUUGGCCCAAGCAAUGACGCAAACAACACCAACCAUGAGCUAGCGCCUGUAGAGCGUCCAGAUAUCUUGUUUGACGAGAGUUCUACAGUUCUCAGUUCGAAGAAGAUGGCGCCAACCCGUCGAGACAAAGGCACAUCCAAGACGGCGAAGGAGCAAGCUUUGAAGCUUGAACGCCACUUUGACUCUUCAAAUUUUGUCCAAAGAGAGGAUGACCACGUUGUGGAAGCUGCGAAGAAGCUAGGUGCCCAUGCAAAAGUGAACUCGGCAGAGGCGACUCAACAAGCCUCUGCCAAGAGCACUUCUAUCCAGCCUGUCCCAUCGAAAAGCUCCCAAAAUGGAAAGCCUGAGGUUAUCUUACGACGGGUCAAUGCCGAAGUGACACAAAAUGCCAAGCGUCCCAAUCAGCAUAUGCCAAAGAAGCCAAAAUCUAGGAAGAAGCGCAGGAUCCUUUUUCAAUCAGAAUCGGAAGGUGAAGAAUUGGUUCAAGACAUCAAAAACAGUCGUGCCAUAUCCAACAACGUCAAGAUCAAAGGGGCAGCUCGCAAGGCGAAGAAGGAGCCAACCACUUUGCUUGAACAGUACCCACAACACCGCUACAAAGAGAUCGCGAUGAAGAUCGGGCAUCCAAUGAUAUACCCACAGCAGAAUCCUCGUCGUGAGAAACACACCCACGGCCGUCGCCCCUCACAUGGGCGGUAGCUCUCCGAUCAUGAUACCGAGAAUUUCAUGAUGGCCAUUCGGGAGUGACAAACAAAAGAAAACUGUAGUAAGCCUUUAGGCAAAUAAAAGUAUUAUUUGGGACAUGACGAGACUAAGGAUUUUGAACAAAUGUAGGGCUGCGAUUUCCAAGCGAUUUCCACGAUGAG